CAUCCUAUACACUACAAUGCUAUAUUCAGCUACAGAAAAUUUGCUGACAAGAAGUAAAAACGUCAACAAGAUUCAUUCGCCAACCCAUUGAUUAACAAUUUAUUACGUGGCGCAUCGAUUAACAACAUAAAACGUCAGUACUUGUUACCAUUAUCUAAUAAAUUGCAAUUAAUUCAAAGUCUUCGCAAACGCCACAAUUCAACUGUAAUCAUGACAGAAAAGUGGAUUGUGUUUGACAACAAACGGGAUCGAAAAAUCUAUGAACUUUAUUUGAAUCCGAAAGGUGCAGACGUAAACUUUGUGUUUGAUGGGGAUACUGAUCACGCCGUAAAAGUUCAGGCACACAAAAUCAUCCUUUCGCUAGAUAGUCCAGUUUUUGACACCAUGUUCUUUGGCGCGAUCCCAGAAAGAGGAGAUAUUGAAAUUGUCGAUGUGUCUGUCGAAGCGUUCAAAGAAUUUUUACAGUUCUUUUACUCAGACGAAGUGCACUUGUCUUUUGCAAGUAUUGUUGAAGUGACAAAUUUAUGCAAAAAAUACGAAACGAAAGAUUUUUUGAAGCUUCGCGAAAAAGCUUUGCAAAGCUCAUUAACAAUUGAUGAAAUGUGUUGGGGAUAUGGCAUUGCUGAAUUGCUGGAACAAGAAAAUUUAAAGACAUUUUGCGAGGAACAAAUCACAAUGAAUGCAGCCACAAUAAUAAGAUCGAAAAGUUUUCUGGAGUGUGACAAAAGAUUAUUGACUCAGAUAUUGAAUUUGGUAUCUUCAGAUUGGGGUGCGUUGGAUAGAGUAAUCGCAUGCAUGGAAUGGAGUAAGGCUGGAUGUACUCGUAACAAUUUGGAUUUGAGCUCCAAGAAUUUAAGGAAUCAACUCAAUUGCGUAUUUAACCAAAUUCCCUUCGAUAAACUGACACAGGAACAGUUCUCGCAACAUGUUUCCCUAUACAAAGGGUUUUUCACCGCAGAAGAGCUCGAAACAUUCAUUAACUCGUCAAGUUCACAGCGUUCACAGCGACCGAAUCCGUUUGAUCUUCAGUUAUUUCAAUGUGAUCUUCCAAAUAUACCAGCCAAUGAACUCUUGGAAUGCAACCGAUGGAGAAUGAGAACAAAACGCAAUUCAAAAGAAUUGUGUACCCACUCCGACAGCACAACCGUAUUCUCUUCAAACGUAACACUUUUGCUGGUAGAAUUUCAUUUACUUGAUAUUGGCCUUUAUUUCCAAUAUUGGGUGUGUCAGAGUGGCGCUGACAAUGGCACAUUUGAUGAAUUAAUUUUGGAAGGGAAGUCAGGCAAACCUGUUAUUGUAUUGCCAAAAGCAGUUGUAAUUAGUCCAGGAAAAAAAUAUGUUAUUCGUGUUGCUUGUCUUCAUCCUACUGGAUCGGAAUACUUAAAUUAUGAUUUAGAAGAUAAUUUUGAAUUAAAGUAUGGAAUUAAAAUUCGCUUCUAUCCCACACAUGAAGAUAAUAUGAUAAAAAUGGUCUUAGAAACGCCCGUUCGUGUUCGUUAAGAGUGUUUACUUGUUAUUGAGCACAGUUACGUACGUCAUCCCAAAUGUUUAUUUUGACGAGUGGCUAUAGUCAUUAUGUUCAAUUGUAAAAAUAUGUCGGAUUUUUCAUGAAUUAAAAAUCAGCUAAUAGA